UCUUCAUUCUGUCAUAUCACUGUUAAGUUAAAACAAGUCAUAUUUAAUAUAUUCCAGUGUUAUUUUUUCAUCAUUAAAUUUAUUAUUAUUAUUAUUAUUUUAUUAGUUUUUUGUCAUUGUGAUAAGUAUUGUAAUAAACUAAAUUAUCAGUGACUAAAAAAUAAUAAUAAUUCAAGUGGUUAUCAGCAGAGGGAUGAAGGAAUGCUUACUGCCCAUUUUAUUUGUUCUAAUUACAUUUUCAACUCCAGGAGAAACCGACAUCGUCUCUUUCGCCACAGUAAAGACAUGGGCGCACAAACUUGGCUUCGAGCUUUCACAGCUGGGAAAAUACGUGACGAAUGUUCAAAAAUUCGAAGAGAGCUACAAGCAGGCUGACGUUAAAGCACAUGAUGGCAGUGCUCUUGUCCAUGAGAUUGCCAAAGAUAUUAAAGAAAUGAUGGAAUCAAAAAUAUCAGCUAUCAAAAGGAUAAUGGACAUAGCAGAAACAUCAGCACUGUCAUCAAAAGACGAGAUGCCUGGUCAAGAAUUUCAGUAUGUAAACGCAAAAAAUAAUAAUAUUGAGUUUGACUUCAGUCGGCACUUUGGUGGUGAAGUGAAUGUCAGUAAAUCAGCGGUACAUGUACCGACAAAUGUUUAUGAUCGUGCACCAGAUGUCAUUAAGGCGAUAAAGUGGUCUGAGGAAUUAGACCAAACGUUUAUAAAUAAUUAUGAACAUGAUCCAUCAUUGUCGUGGCAAUACUUUGGUAGUGCUACGGGUUUUAUGCGACAAUAUCCAGCGACAACGUGGAAUCCAAAGCCAGUCGAUCUGUUUGAUUGUAGAACACGUGGUUGGUAUAUUGAAGCUGCGACAAGUCCGAAAGAUAUAUUGAUUCUGGUUGAUGUGUCGGGCAGCAUGACCGGAAUGCGUAAAGAAAUAGCACGACAUGUCGUGAACAAUAUCCUGGAUACACUUGGAAACAAUGAUUUUGUUAACAUAAUAUUAUUUACCAAUGAAACUCAUGAGGUAGUUCCCUGUUUUAAUGAUACUCUUGUACAAGCAAACUUGGCAAAUGUUCGUGAAUUAAAAGAGGCAAUAUCUACUAUUAAAACUGAUAGAAUUGCUAAUUUUUCACUGGUAUUAAACCAAUCGUUCAGAUUACUCGAGCGUUUUCGUUUGAAUAAAGAAGGUGCUGCAUGUAAUCAAGCGAUAAUGCUUAUCACCGAUGGAGUACCAUAUAAUUUCAAGGAAAUAUUUCAAGAGUGGAAUUGGAACAAUACUGAUGAACCAGACAAAACUGAUAUGCCUGUCAGAGUUUUCACUUAUCUAAUAGGGAGAGAAGUUACUGAUGUUAGAGAAGUUAAGUGGAUGGCAUGUGCUAAUCGGGGUUACUAUGUACAUUUAUCGACUUAUGCUGAAGUCAGAGAACAGGUAUUAAAUUAUGUACCGGUAAUGGCAAGACCUUUAGUACUAGGAAAAACCGAUCAUCCAACAAUAUGGACACCAGUAUAUGCAGAUAUAACAGAUCCCAAAAUGACAGACUGGCUUUGGGAGCAAAUAGAAUGCGAAAAACAGAAAGAAUUAUUUCUGGCUUAUCGUAGAGAUAGAAAAUUAUUCAACUCUAAAGAUCAGAAGGAUCGUCGAUUUGUUCAUAAACCUAAAAAACAACAUCACAGUCAUAAUGAUCCUGAUUUACAGGAGUAUCAAUUAAUGACAUCUGUCAGUAUGCCUGUGUACGAUCGACGGGAAAACGCGACUAGAAUUGCUGAUUUGCUUGGAGUCGCUGGGACGGAUGUGCCGAUACAAGAAAUACAGAAACUCAUGAUGCCACAUAUGUUGGGCGUUAAUGGAUUUGCUUUUAUCGUAACUAACAAUGGUUACGUUCUCAUUCACCCUGAUCUCAGACCAGUGUUUCAAGGUAUACUGAAACCAUCAUACAAUGCUGUCGAUAUGGCCGAAGUUGAGUUAAUGGAUUCGAAUAAAGGUCCACGUGAAUUUGACGAGGGAAUAUUAACCUUCCGAGACGAAGUUAUCGAUCAGUUAAAUGGUAGUGUAGUACUCCAUACGAAGUAUCACUAUGACGAUAUGAAACGAGUUGGUAGAGUAAAAAGAAAAUAUGAUUACACUGCUAUUGAUAAUACGCCCUUUACACUAGUGGUUUCUUUGCCAGAACACGGUCAUGGCAGUUAUCGUGUUCAUGCCACUGAGGAAAUACAUCGCGCUCACGUUAAUGGACAAAAUGCGACAGAUUAUUUUGCUGACAGCAACUGGCGGGUACAUCCAGAUUGGAUUUAUUGCAAAUAUCAUUAUGAAGAUGCACAUAAAGAUAAAUAUAAUUCAUCUGAACAAUUACUUGUGCAUUUUUUGACACGGACCCGUCAGCCGGGUUGGUUUUGGAGCGACAGAAAGCUGCCGUCUCAACCACCGGAAUAUUCUGUCUCUGGUUCGGCUAGUUCAGGGUCACAUUCGAAUCCAAAUACUUCAGAUAAAAAUUCAUACUACUGUGACAGAGUACUUUUACAAAGUCUGGUUCACGAUGCUAAGGUAACCGAAUGGUUUGCAAACAUCAACCAGACUCGCGAAGAAAAGGGACCUUUAGCUAGGCUGAUGAACCUCCUGCCCAGGAAAGAAUUCCAACAACGUUUUGGGUUUACACUUGCAUUUAUGGCAACACACAGUGGGUUGACAAGGUGGCAAGAUUUUCCGUUAGAUGAUUUACAAGAAUCAAUACCAGCGGAAGAUCAUUUCAGUAGAUUAUAUCCACGGGCUAUUGAUGAAAUUUGGUAUAAACGUGCUGUUGAGCAGUAUUACGUUCAACCAGAUAGCUUUGUAUUCUCAGUUCCACUUGAUGAUGAAGGAGCUGAUAAUACAACACUUGUUACUGCUAGUCGAGCUAUUUUUAUAGGUGAAGGAAAUGCUAAGGCACCGGCAGCAGUAGUUGGGUUUCAAUUUCAGCAUACAGCUCUUCAAAAACUUUUCCACAAUAUCACGUCUACCUGCGAUAAAGCAAUCAAUUGCCCUCGUAAUUGCAAUGACAGCAGUCUAGCUUGUUAUCUAAUUGAUAAUAAUGGAUAUAUUAUCGCUGCGAAACAAGAGUCAGACGCUGGUAAAUUUUUCGGUCAAGUUAGAGGUCCUGUGAUGAAUAGUUUAGUCGAUGAAGGUAUUUUUAGUAAAAUUAGAAUAUUUGAUUACCAAGGGGUCUGUUUUAAAAAUAUUCACCACCCUAAUUCCGGUAGUUUAAUUUUUACGCCAUUUAAAAAUAUACAGAAAGCUGCUAGUUGGCUUUUAGCUCAAUUAGUAUGGACAUGGGCUAAAGUAGGAUUCUGGCAAUUAGAUUACGCGUAUGGACAUACAUUUGAUUAUGAUAAUGAAGAAGACAAUGGACACAAUGAUUACGAAGAUAAUGACGACCGGACCUCUGAAGAAAAAGGGGAGAAAGCAUACGACCGUGUAAUUAUAAAUAGAACUAAACCACAGGCUUGUGACCAAGAAGUUUAUCUCUAUUUAUUAAAAAAUAGUUCGACAAAAGUUUAUGAUGUUGAUUUAGAUACAAGUAAAGAAUGCAGUCGGCCGUACGUCGUCCAACCGGUUGAUUUUAGCAAUAUGUUAUUAAUAGUUGUUGAUUUAAAUUGUCCAAAUACAGCAGAGCCAUACAUUGAUGUGGAACCUGCUGAAAUUAUUUACUUCAACACCACACUGGCUUGCCAAAAAGGUUUUACAAAUCUGAAACGACGGAGACCGUCGUCUUGCAUCAGAAAUCAUCCGCGGGAAAGCGAGAUAAAAGAUCGGUGUGGUCUUGCAUCGACGAUAGGACCCAACGCGGGUCUUCUUUUAAUAUUAAUUAUUUCGGUAUUUACCAUCACAAGACUAAUACGUAAUUAAACAUUUUUAUUUAUUAUUAUAAUAUAGUAUAAGUAUAUAUAUAUAACAAAUUAAAUUUAUAAUUCUCCAUAAACGGUUCAGAGCCGAUGUCAAAUUAGUAAUUUUUGAUAUGAUAAAAUUGCAUUUUAUUGAACUUGUAUUUAUUGCGUCAAUCGCAAAAAAUAGCCGCUAAAUUUAGAUCCGAAUGCUUUUUAAAUAAAAGGGAUAAAAAUUAACAAAAAAAUUAACGUCACGGUUAAAAUAAAUUUAUGAUGUACAGCGUAAAUUAUAAGUAUUCUAUAG